CCGAGCCUUCGCCACAGUCCAUAAUAAUACCAUCCCGGUGACUGUGUGCAACCCCCAGACCUAGCUGACAUCCGUCGAGAAGUAGAAGGACCUAUAAAUCCCGGUUACAAAUUAUUGCAGUCAGUGCCAAUUAUGACAGCCCCGAAAAGCUACGUUGCCGCGAUGUUACUCGUCGUUGUUAUCGCCUCGGAUGUUCAUACAGCCGAAUACGCCGAUUACGACGGUAUUUCGUCGGAUUCGGAUGGGCACGAUGCUCGUGAUUUGUACAACGCACUCCAGCAACAGGAAGACCCCAACGGCGUCAAAUUAUGGAAUAUUCCCAUCCAGCAUUUGAUGGUUCGCAAAUCUCAGCGUUCACCUUCGUUCCGACUUCGAUUUGGCCGCCGUUCCGACCCUCUGAUGUCGAAUGAUAUUUCGGGCCAAGAUAAUUCCGUUGAGAGAAAAUCCGUGAGAUCGCCUUCUUACAGGUUACGAUUUGGUCGGCGCAGCGAUCCUGAACUUUCGGAGGAUUUCAUGGUGAGAAAGGCGAGCAGGUCGCCAUCUUUUAGACUGCGAUUUGGACGUCGCAGCGAUCCCCUUAUGAAUCAUGAUCUUGCGAGUUCGUUUUCCGGCGAGGACUACUUAGACAGAAAGAUAGUCAGAUCGCCGUCCUACAGACUUCGUUUCGGCAGGCAGAGUGGCUCGGUUGGUUUGACGGAAGUUCAACCUGGAACGACAUCAGAAAAGGAAUCAGCAGCGGUGGUUGAAGAGAAUUAAUUGCGCGCGACGUAAGGAAAGAAAAUUAUCUCCGUCUUCUAACGUUAUCAUUAUAUAUUAUAUACCUACACAUAAACAUUAUGAUGCAGUUGCAAAAGUUUGCUAUUAACGAUAUACUUGUCUUCUUUCUGAUCUGCAUAUUUUUCAGCCGAAAAUUUAUAAUAAUAAUAAUAAUAAUAAUAAUAAUAAGGAUAGUAAUGAUAAUAAUAAGAACAAUAAUACUAAUAUAUACAAACACAUCUAUUACCUGUGUGCAGUGCAUAUAAUGUUAAUGAAUUCAAUUUGUUUGUAAUUCAGAGAAAACCAAACUAUACAGAUCAAUGUAAAGUUUAUUUAAUUUUUUUAUUUCUUCAUUCAUUUAAGUUAUUCCUGGGAAUGUCUUUUUUAACACUAAU